UCGGGCUGGCCUGGCUGUUGACUUCUGGGUGAAGCAGUCGACUCCCGACCUUUGACAAUCUCCCUAGGUAGAUUUUCAGCUUGGCCUUUCAACACCUUGGUGGCAGUGGAAGAACUUGGACUUGGUCGUGGAUUAAGUCGAUCACCAUUAGAAUGCCCGACGAAAAGCCUCCGGCAGGCAGUCAGUCGACCGCGGAUAUCCCACAGAAUACCUCGCGUGAACGGAAUGCAGCAACACAUUUCGGUCUUGAGGACCACGAGGCUACCCAGCAGGAUGCUCGGGUAACCACACUGCGACAUGCCGAGGUGCGUCGCGGCUCUAUGGCGCCUCCAGAUAAGCGGAAGGCCUCGCAAAUGCGGUUGAAUACUGCAAAUGAGCAAUUAGCACAAACUCCACCUGUUCGGCCUCCCGUUCAAGCACCAACGCCCGAACGCAAGCCUAUGGAUAAGAUGUCAUCACGAAGCUCGUUGGUACCAGGUACGCCAAUGGCGCCUCCUAAGCCGACGCGCCUCUCCGACGCGCCACGAGAAGAUGACGGUGAUGUUGAAUCCUCUGAACCGGAUACAAAAAGGGAGGCAAGAAAAUCACAGAAGGUAGUGGCCGGGUCACUGACACCGACGUCAUCCGAGAGCGAAGAUAAGAAAGAACCCAAACCUGCAGCUGAGCCUGAUCCACCUCCACCACAACCUCAGAGGAAAUCCAUCGAUUUUGCGCCACAGGAAGCGGCACCAAUUCCGCCGCCACCCGAACGGCCAGAAGAUGCGCCAUUGCCACCGCCAAUGAUGGCGGCCUUACCGACGGAUACCAGCGCAGAUGAAUUGCAGAGUGCGAAUAGCAAGAUGACCAACACGGACAUUACGAUCCAUCCUACUAAAAGAUACGCCACCAAGGCAACCAACACAUCCGGAAUGAUCUAUUCGGAUGAAGAAGAAGAGGAGCCAGAGGAACUGCCCAGGCUACCGGAUCAGUUCCCCGACACCGAUCUGGACAACCUAUUCCUGUUGGCCUGUCGGGAGGUAAAGAAGGUUGGUGCCAUCACUUUGGCAAGUAACGAAAAGAAGCAGGAGUACACGACCAAACAGCACAAUAAGGAUCUCGUUACUUCCACAGACAACAUUGUUGAGGAGGCCUUCAUAAAGGCCAUUAGUAAUCGGUUUCCAGAACACAAUUUCAUUGCCGAAGAGCGAGUUUCAAAGUCGGAAACCGGAAUGGUGACCUUAACUGAUGAACCCACUUGGAUAAUCGAUCCUAUCGACGGAACCAUGAACUACGUCCACAAUUUUCCGUACUAUUGCAUAUCCGUGGCCUAUUUGGUAAAUCAGCAGACUCAGUUCGGUAUUAUAUAUAAUCCGCCCAUGAAGAACAUGUACACGGCUCAGCUGGGCAAGGGGGCGCAGAUGAACGGUGAGAUGAUAAGGACGACUGGACAGACCGACCUCUCCGAGGCUUUGGUUGUGCAGGAGUACAGCUCAGCCGGGAAUGAGGCCCGCGACCAAGUGGCCAUGGGUAAUGCACAACGACUGCUAAAGAGUACCCAUGCGUUGCGUUCAAUUGGAUCUUCCGCAAUGGGUUUGGCAAUGGUGGCCUCUGGAGUAGCAGAUGCUUAUUACAACUUUGGAUUGCAUGUCUGGGAUAUGGCAGCAGGAGUUUUAAUAGUCACAGAGGCCGGCGGUGUGGCAAUUGAUCCGGCCGGAAUCGAACUAGACAUAAUGUCUCGACGAUGCUUGGCUGCAUCCACAGAGCACCUUGCUCUUGAAUUGGGUUCCCAUCUGGAGCAGAACUAUCCAUCGCCACGGGACGACGAACCGAGGUCCGUAAAUCCUAAUGAAUACGGGCCUGCACCUGAGACCAGGGACUUUACUGGCCAGACGGACUUUCCUGAUUCAGAGACCCAGGAUACCACGGAUACCGAAAUGCCAAACGAGAAACCAGCGGCGAUUGCUAACUGACCACCGGAAAGGCCAGCUGAAAUAAAAUUUUAGUUAUUUAAUAAAGUGACAAUGCAAGAGAACUUGCGUUUAUUAAAAUUUG